GGUUGAUGUAGAGGGGUAACAUUGUCAACUUGGCUUUCUCUUUUCUCUCUCUGGGGAACAUCUAUCGACUCGCAAGCUCUUCGUCUCCUCUGUUGUGAUCUACCUGCUCUCUCUCUCUCUCUCUCUCUCUGCACAGAGUGUUGGCGGGAAAUAUGUCGGGGAAAGGAGCAAAGGGUUUGAUAAUGGGGAAAGCCAGCGGUAGCGACAAGGAUAAAGACAAGAAGAAACAACCCAUCACCCGUUCUGCUCGAGCUGGUCUACAAUUCCCUGUAGGAAGGGUGCAUCGACUGUUGAAGACUAGGUCCACUGCUCACGGCAGAGUUGGAGCAACUGCUGCUGUUUACACAGCUGCGAUACUUGAGUAUCUGACCGCAGAGGUUUUGGAGUUGGCUGGUAACGCGAGCAAGGACCUCAAGGUGAAACGUAUCUCCCCCAGGCACUUGCAGCUCGCGAUUCGUGGAGAUGAAGAGCUUGAUACUCUCAUCAAAGGAACUAUCGCUGGUGGUGGUGUCAUCCCUCACAUCCACAAGUCUCUCAUCAACAAAUCCGCCAAGGAAUAGAGAUUUACUGCUUUGCGAGAGAGUCUUGUGUUUGAUAAAAGAAUAUGCUAGAGAGCUGUUUCUUUAGGAUCCUUUUGUUAUUGUUCUACCAUCCAUCGGUGAUCUUUAUGCAUAUGUAUUUGAUGAUUUUCUAAAAAACCCUUUUCUGACUACUACCUUUUGGUGUGUUCUAAUCAAUGUAGCAUAGCAUUGCCGGAGAGGCUUGUAAGUAAAUUAAUGGGUGUUUAGAGGAUACAUAACAAGAGGCACAUGUUGUGAUUGAGAAGAAUAUAGU